UUUGGGGGAAGGUCAGGAAUAUCCCAGCUUCCUCAAGCACCGAAGCUGAAUUUGGGCCCUGGGAAGAGAUAUCCCCUAGGAGACCCCUUCACUCUCUGCUCACCAAAGACACAGAGAGAGUCCUGUUUCCCUGGGAUGAGAACCACUUCAGAUGUGAGAGUCCCCCUGCCCCAUGGUCUCACCCCAGCCUUCCCUUCAACACCUCCCUGCCCCAAGCUAACUUGUAAACAACUGCACCCGUGACCAGCCUCUUUCCUUUUCUAAACCCUCCUUCCUGACAUCUUCCUAUUUCCCUGGUUAAAAAAAAAAAAAAAAUUCUAUCUGUUAAUUCACCGAAGGAGGAACACAGGAGGCCAGAACGGCUCUGCCCCUUCUUCGGGGGAAGACCCAGGUCCCUCCCUGCCUCAGCAAGGCCACCAUGAACCAGGGAACUUCUUUUAGGCACCUGCUCCUGCUGCUGCAACUGGCACUGCUCCUAGAAGCCACUCAGGGGAGAGAAGUGGUGCUGGGUAAGGCAGGAGGCCAGGUGGAGCUGCCCUGCAAAGCUUCCGAGAAGAAGAGCAUUCCAUUCAUCUGGAAAGAUUCUGGAGGAAUCACGAUUGUGAAGACUUUCAAGAAUUUAGAUUUGUUUAAAGGUCCCUCCAAGCUGAAAGAUCGUGUCCAUUCAGCAAAAUCCCUGUGGAAUCAAGGAUCCUUUCCUCUGAUCAUCAGUAAUCUUGAGAUAACAGACUCAGGGAUUUAUAGCUGUACAGUGGACAACAAGCAAACAGAAGUGGAACUUGUGGUGUUCAAAUUGAAUGCCAAUUUGGAUAUCAAAAAUCGCAUCCAGCUGCUGCAGGGACAGAGCCUGACCUUGACCUUGGAGAGCCCCCCUGGUAGAAACCCUUCAGUAGAAUGGAAAGUUCCCGGGAAUGAAAAGCAGAAUAGGGGCAAGAACCUCUCACUGUCCCAGCUGAAGUUGCAGAACAGUGGCACCUGGACAUGCACCGUCUCCCAGGACACAAAGAAACUGGUGUUUGAAAUAAACAUCUUGGUACUGGCUUUCCGGAACAUCUCUGACACAGUCUAUACAAAAGUGGGGGAGCCCGUGGAGUUCUCCUUCCCACUUACCUUUGAGGAUGAAAACCUGGUCGGGGAGCUGAGGUGGCAGGAGGAGGGGACCUCCUCCCCUCAGCCCUGGAUCACCUUCUCCUUGGAGAACAGAAAGGUGACUGUGAAGAAGGUUCAAAAGAAGAUCCACCUGAAGGAGACACUGCCGCUCACCUUCAGUCUGCCCCAGGCCUCGCUUCAGGACGUUGGUUCUGGAUACCUGACCCUGAAUCUCAGCCAGGGGCAGUUACAUCAGAAAGUGAACCUCGCGGUGAUGAGAAUGACUAAGUCUCAGAACCAAUUGACCUGUGAGGUGUUGGGGACCAACACCUCCCAGUUGAUGCUGAGCUUGAAGCUGGACAACCAGACUACAAAGGUCUCAGGUCAUCAAAAGCUGGUGCAGGUGAAGGACCCUGAGGCGGGGAUGUGGCAUUGUCUACUGACUGACAACAACAAAGUCCUGCUGGAAUCCAAUGUCGAGGUUUUGUACUCAGAGUUAAUCCAGGCCUCGCCAAAACUCCUGGCCAUUGUGCUGGGGGCAGUAGGUGGCUUUCUGAUUUUCACUGGGUUCUGCAUCUUCUGCUGUGUCAAAUGCUGGCACCGAAGGCGCCAGGCAGUGCGGAUGUCUCAGAUCAAGAGACUCCUCAGUGAGAAGAAGACCUGCCAAUGCCCCCACCGGCUCCAGAAGACAUGCAAUCUCAUUUGAGGCACUGGCCAGGGGGAGCUUCCCACUUGCAGCCUCCCCAGCUGUCUACCCUGCGUUUCCUGUUGGGCUCCGGGGCCUGGGGACCGGAUGAAUGUAGCAGAUCCCAGCGCCUUUGCCAUCUCCUGCUCUCCUUGUCCACAGCUGGCCAUUGGGUCUCCUCUUCCAGAGGCUUACUCGCACCGCCGCUCCCCGAUUCCCUCUUCUGUUGAACCCUCGCCCUUUGAUUAUUUCUUCUGAACUCUGUCCCUCACGGCCCACUUGGAUCCCAGGGGAGCACUCAGGACCAGCCCUGCCUGGCCUGCAGUGUGAGGCUGGGUAACUGAAGCAUGAAGCACAGGAUUGUCAUCUUACAGGGAAGAACCUUGGCACCAGAGAAGGCAGGGAGUAGGCCAAGGUCACACAGCCCAUCAAGGACAGGUCCAGCUCUAACCGCUCCACCGUUCCAUUCUGACACACACCCUUGUCCACAGCUCACACUUGUGCACUGACACAAUUCCUUAUCACCCAAGCAGCACACUCAGUUUAUAAACCAGUUCCACAUCCUUUAUCUAUUUAAACCUUAUGAAAGUCCCACAAGGCCCUAGCCGGUUCGGCUCAGUGGAUAGAACGUCGGCCUGCAAACUGAAGGGUCCCAAGUUCGAUUCCAGUCAAGGGCACAUGCCAGGGUUGUGGGCUCGAUCCCCAAUGGGGGGCGUGCGGGGGGCAGCCGUUCAUUGGUUCUCUCUCAUCAUUGUGUUUCUAUCUCUCUCCCUCUCCCUUCCUCUCUGAAAUCAAUAAAGAAAUAUAUUUUUUAAAAAAAGAAAAAGAAAAUCCUACAAGGCUGGUAGUGACAGGACCAAGAUUAGCAUCUCCGGUUUAUAAACCAGAAAUGGAAUUCACAGAGGUCAUAUUGAUUGCCCAAGGUUGUAAGUGCUGGGGCUCAGACUGUCCCAGACUGCUUGACCCCUAGUUCUAUGGCUGUUUCUUGAACACAGAAUAGAUACCACAGAUAUCUCUGCAGCUGGCUAGUCACGGGUGCUCAGUAUGUACCGUAGGGUUCACAGGAGCACCUCGGGGAGGCCUGCCUCAGGAGGUCAGAACAUGGAGGAGGGCCUUCCUGCCUAAAAUCCCUCACCGCCUGCUGGAGGCAGAAUCCUGUUACCAAAGGACAAAGCCUUCAGCUCUCCUACUCAGGGCACAGGCUGGGAGCAGAGUUCCCAGGGACCUACCACGUACCCUGUACAGAACCUUCUGGAAGGUGAGCCUUGCCAGGGCGGGCAGGCACUGGGGAAGAGUGAACCCACUGAGAGGACUUCCUGGGAAGGGUGAUGGUGCUUAAGGUUACACGUACUCUUCCUCUUAAUUCAGUUCUCAGGAUCCCUAGCCUGCUCUGCCUCUCCUUCUGUUCUUUCUCACAAUCUCCCCCAGUCCCUCUGCCCUUUCCCUUCCCUUCCUUUCCAGCCUGCCUCUUCCAAGAAGCACACCCAGGUGCUGCCAGAGCUCCCAUUGCUUGCUUUGUAUUCCUGCCCCUUCCCCAUCCCUACCGGCCGAGCUGACAAAAAUACAGUAAACUUACUAUAAA